CAGCACUGCACUUUCACAGUCCUUUCACACACGAGGCCCCCCAUCCCCCAAUGCCCGAGUCACCAGCAUCGCCGGCCCAGCCACCCUCGCAGCCGGGAUCGCCGCUCGAUGGCGCCGCUCCAUCCCCGGUGCCGGCACUGCUGCGAGGGUCCGUGCUGCUCCUGGCCUUCCUCGUCCUCGAGCUCGUGCUCUUCUGGUCCCUCCUCGACUCCCCCGUCAGCUUCCGCUUCCUCCCGGCGCCGGGACGGAGGAACACCACCUGGCCCAACGGCGCGGUCGACGCCGGCGCGUGCGAGGCGGGGCUCGUCUACGUCUACGACCUCCCACCGGAGUUCAACCACGACCUCGUCGACGACUGCGAGAGCCUGUGGCCCUGGUACUCGUUCUGCCCCUACCUAACCAACGGUGGCUUCGGCGAGGCGGCGGCCACGCUGCCCGUCUUCUUCAACGUCACGCGGAACGUGUCGUUGCACAGCUGGUACAACACUGACCAGUUCCAGCUCGAGGUCAUCAUCCACCGGCGCCUCCUAUCCCACCAGUGCCGCACCACCGACCCGUCGCAGGCCUCCGCGUUCUACGUGCCGUUCUACGUCGGCCUCGACGUCGGCAGCCACCUGUGGGGGGAUAACUCCACCGCCGCCGACCGCGACAGGGCGGGGUUUCGGCUGCUACGGUGGCUCAAGAACCAGACGUCGUUCCAGAGGUCCGGCGGGUGGGAUCACUUCAUCACGCUGGGGCGCAUCACGUGGGACUUCCGCCGCUACGGCGACGACGGGUGGGGCACCAACUUCGUGGUCCUGCCGGGGAUGGCCAACGUCACCCGCCUCGCCAUCGAGGCCGACACGCUGGACCCCAUGGACGUCGGCGUCCCGUACCCGACGGGCUUCCAUCCCCACGCCGCCGCGGACGUGCGCGCGUGGCAGCGCCACGUGCUCUCCCGCAAGCGCAGCAAGCUCUUCGGGUUCGCCGGCGCGCCGCGCUCCGGGUUCCGGAGCGACUUCAGGGGGGUGCUGCUGGAGGAGUGCGAGGACGCCGGGAGCGAGCGCUGCCGCGCCGUGGACUGCCGCGGCACGCGGUGCACCGACAACGGCGCGGCGGUGCUGGAGCUGUUCCUGGACUCGCGGUUCUGCCUGCAGCCGCGCGGGGACAGCUUCACGCGGGGGUCCAUGUUCGACUGCAUGGUGGCCGGCGCCGUGCCGGUGCUCUUCUGGCGGCGGACCGCGUACGACCAGUACCGGUGGUACCUGCCGCCGGGGCCGCGCGGCGACAAGGGGGAGUGGUCCGUGUUCAUCGACCGGCAGGCGCUGCGCGUGGGCAACGUGAGCGUGCGCGACGUGCUGGAGGGGAUCAGCGAGCGGCGGGCGCGGCGGAUGCAGGAGCGCGUGGUGGAUAUGAUCCCGCGGCUCGUGUACUCGUCGUCGUCCGACGGGCUCGGCGACGGCAUGGAGGACGCGCUGGAUGUGGCGCUGGGCGGCGUGCUGGAGCGGAUCCGACGGCGCCGGGGGAGCAUCGCGCGUGAAGCGCGUCCGGAAGGCCCAUUCGUCGCCCGGCGUGUCGACGUCAAAUCGACGGCGGCGGCGCCUCAUUCUGACGGCCAAAAUGGAUCGGCGGCGGCGAUCGGUCGUGGCGCGCCGGCAAAAACCAAGGGCCGCCAGCUUCGUCGUACAUGAAAACCGUCCUACCCGAAGCAUCGGCAUCGAUAAGCAAGACCUUGCUGAAAUCCUGAACUAAAACCGAAGACAUUGAAGCGUCUAUUUUAAAGAUGGCUCGAAGCACCGAUUGAUUCUGCGGCAUCUCGGAUCACGGAGAGCUGAACAAGCAUGGGCCGGGGUCAACAAUCGCAGAGAGUUAAAUCGAGAAAUGGGGAGCUGGUUCCUGUGGAACACGGGAGCGCCGCUUGCUGUUAGCCCAGGGUUUAAGAUAGGAUAAUGGUCAGUAGCAUGUUGUUUACUGCUACACUGCCGUGGUAGAUGCGCCGGUGUUAAUUGCAGUUGACCAGAGGGGGAGGAUUCGCUGCAGGAUCUAGAAGGUGGGUCAUGGCCGGAUUGAACGGAGAUUUGUACCCGCUGGCAUGGCUCAAACCUGGUGCCUGAACUAAGCUUGUGGCAUUACCUCAACAAAAAAGGGGGGAAAACGCAAAAAAAAAGAGAGACAUAGGAUCAUAGCUGGAUCAGAAGAAACCCUUGCAUUUAGUUUUUUGAGUGAGCACUUGACUGUACAAGAGUUAAUCUGAGAACUUUUAUUUGCGUCGAUCAGCUUGAAAUAAUCCGAUG